AUGGUUUAAUUCAUAUAUUUGCUUACAAUUAUAGUUAGCUUAACCCUAGCGUAAAAUACAAACACGAAUCCAUUUAUUUACGUUACUCCAGCUAGUAGUACACCUGCAAAUUAUACAAGUAGCUAAGAUUUAGAUUUAAUUAAUUAUGAUUCAGCAAAUUGCGUUUGCGAUAUAACAUAUCUAAGAGAUUAUGAUUGUUCUUGCGAUACAGACACCUAAACUAAUUAACAAAACUAUUUUACAACUAAAAGAAAGACAACUAUGGAACAAAGUUAUAUGCUUAUCAACUAUCCUCUUUGUGAUACCUUGCGUAAUGACAUUAAUGAAUUAAUUCCAAGUUAUAUUAAUAAUAUAGCUUGUUUAGCUAGAUAAAACAAAGCAUACAGCGGUAUGUUUUACAAUUCUUAAGAAACUUCCACCACUUCCUCAACAAGUUCCACCAGUACCUAAGUAGAUUAUGAUUUAUUAUCAAUGACCUAAAUAGAUGCUAGUAAACCAACUCAAUUUUUAAAUUAUAAUAUAAAUGAUUUCCUAUUAUUUUAUGAAAACUAUAACUAUGCUUAAUUGAGUUCUAAUCCUAACAGAUUAUCAUCAGCCCAAUUACUUUAUGCUCCCGAUUUCUUUGGUUUUUGUAGACUGCUUCCAGUUCUUAAACGUGAUAUAAUAAAUUAUAGCACUUUAUGCUAAGGUUAAGUAGUAAAUAGAAACUAAAUAGAACUUAUUAGUGAUGAAAAUGGAAAUGAAUCAGUUAAACAAGUAAGUAAUGUAGCAGGCAACUCCAAUAAUUUUAUUAUAUAUAUCAAACCAAAUAAUACUUAAAGUACUGUAACUGCCAAAGACCAAGGUUACUCUUAUGGAAACUAUUUAAAUGUAGAUUAACGUUCAAUUUAGUAUCAAUAAAAAAUAAAAUUUGGUGGAAUCUUUUAUUUAUCAUCAGCCAAUUUAUAUGUGUAUAGCCUAAAAUAAGUUUCUGGUUAAGAUGCAAUAAGUUGCACUGGAAUAUAACAAGGUGAUACUACUUAAUAGUACAUAAUAUAUUUCACUGAUAUUGGAACUAAAGACAACACAUCUUUUUAAAUUAUAUAUUGCUAAGCUUCUCCAGUAAUUACCUAAAGUAAAGUUAGUGGCAAAACUCUUGUUUCAUUUUAAUAUCUAAGUUCUUCAGAUAUCAUUUAAGAGCAAUCCUAUACAGAUAGAUUGAGCAAAUAUGUCUAUAGAUUAUUCUAUCCUUUGUACUCAUUUCUUUCUGCAUCAAAGUUAGUUUUCACACUUUCUACUCUACUUGGGUUACUUUCAAUUUUAUUUUUUUGA